AUGACGGCAGCAGCGUCGGUUUCUGCUGCUGCUGCUGCAGCUCCACCUGUGUCUUCUUGCAUGUCCUUUCUGCAAACAGAAGAAGACAAGCUUCCAGCUGCUGCUGCUGCUGCUGCAUUUCCUGCUGCUGCUGCUGCUGCUGCUGCUGAAGCAAGCAGCAGCAACCAACCCCUAGUAAUCCAAUUCCAAACCCUCCAGGGCCCUUCAGAAGGCCUUAACAGCGUAACAGCUCUUGCCUGCUGCCAGGGGGCCCCCUGGGGGCCCCCUCAGGGGCCCCCCGAGGAGCCCCUCCAGGGGGCCCCCCAGGGGGCCUCUCAGGGGCCCCCCGAGGGGGGCCCCCAGGGGGGCCCCCAGGGGGGCCCCCAGGGGGGCCCCUGGGGGCCCCAAAUUUGCUCAGCAACAGCUGACCGUACCCUAAGGCUGCUUGGGGGGCCCCCAGGAACUGAAGAAGCAUUUGUAGCAAGAGUAGCAGAUAAGGGGGGCCCCCUACCCCUGAUCACCGGCGUGGCGUUUAGCGGGGACGGCUGUUUGCUGGCGGUGAGCCAGAGCGACGGAGUGGCAUUUGUGUAUUUGCUGCGGGAGAGUUUGGAAAAAGAAACAAAAAAAGUGGCAAAAGAAUUCGAAAAAGAGUCCAAAAAAGGGGAAAAAAGAGGAGAAGAAGCAGCAGCAGCAGCGGGGGAGGAGGGGGGCCCCCCGGGGGGCCCCCCGGGGGGCCCCCCGGGCCAAAAAAGCGGAAAAAAAGAGACCCCAAAGUACCCUGGGGGGGCCCCCCAAACGCGGGGGGGGGCCCCCCGCGUUUGCUGCAGACUGCCCUUGGGGGCCCCCCCCACUUGCCUUUGUUGGGCCCCGAAGAAAAACUCUUUUCUUUUUUUGGGACUUUUAAAUGGCCAAGUUGCUGCUGCUGCUGCCCGCAGCAACAAGUUGGGGCUGCUGCAUGCAGCAGCGAGCCCCGUGACGAGCAUUGCAUGCACAGAAGACGGGGCUGUUGUUCUUUCUGGCCACCGCUGCGGCUUAAUACUUCUUUGCUGCCUCCAAAGAGACACCAAAGCCCCAGCCCCGCGCACGUUGGCCAGCUCGUCUACCAACCCAGCCCCGAAGACCCCUGGUCGCUGCUGCACGAACAAAAGCAAGACAUCCUCUUGCUGCUGCUGCUGCUGCCCAGCAGCAGCAGCAGCAGCAGCAGCAGCAGCAGCAGCAGCAGCAGCAGCAGCAGCAGCAGCAGCAGCAGCAGAAUCACAGCAGCAGCAGCAGCAGCAGCAGCAGCAGCAGCAGCAGCAGCAGCAGCAGCAGCAGCAGCAGCAGCAAAUGGCGCUUUUAGAGACAGAAGAUUGCAAAAUAGCUGUGGGGGUAAAAUCAAAAAAAGUUUAUAAAGUGCCUAAAGAGGUUAGCCAGCAGCUGCGGGUAAUAAAUGAAUUCAAAGGCACUUGUCUCCUCUACGAGGUCGCUGAUGCAGCAGGGGACAGGAGAUAUAUACAUAUUCUUCACGAAGACAAAGAAGAGACUCUUCGCCUCCUUACGGCCUCUCCACCUUCCCCAGAUUUAAUCUCAACUCGAAAAACUGAAGUCCGUCACACUCUAGGGUUUGCUCUCAGGGAAGUAAUAGACGCAAAGACAGGAGAAAUAAAAGCAAGUGUAGAGACACCCUUUCCAGUCAAGUGGCUCGCCCUCACCGAAAGAGUCCUCCUCUUCCUCCUUGCCUGUGGGGAGCUGUACCUUCUCCCUUUUGCUGCAGCAGCAGAUCAGCAGCAGCAGCAGCAGCAGCAGCAGCAACAGCAGCAGCAGCAGCCGCUGCUGCUGCUCAGUUGCUGCAGCAAAGCGGAGCUUCUCAAAGAUGAAUAUGUUCUUGUUGCUCAAACCGGCGACCGUACAAUCUGCAUUUGGUACAACAUCGAGGACUUUCGGCGAGUGGAGUUGCUGGGAGUUGAGGGUUUGCUUUUGGGAUUUGUUUUUGAAGUUGAAAAAGAAAAAAAGAAAAAAACGGAAAAGUGGAAAGCUGCAGAUACACCCCGGGCCCCCACAGUAGCUGCGCUGCUGCUGCUGCUGCAGCAGCAAGAAGUGGCAGCAGCAGCAGCAGCAAGUCUGUGGCAGCGCCUCAGAGACUCAAUUUUGGACUUUGAACUUUUUAAACCCUUUAAGUCAACUUGGGGGGCCCCCCUUGAAGGGGGGGGCCCCCCUGAGGGUUUGUGGGGCCUGCAGCAGCGACUUGCUGCUGCUGCUGUUGCUGCAGCAGCAGCAGGAGAUGCAGCAACAGCAAAGUUCAUUUGGAAAAUAAACAAAAGACAAAACUGCAGCAACAAAGAAACCCAGGAAACAGAUAAAGCCUUCCUCAUGCUGAAAGCCGGGUCAGAACUCGGCGCCCCAUACCUAGGCGCUGCUGCACUAAAGGGACAAUUCGCAGCAGCAGAGGCGCUGCUGCUGCAGCAAGGAGCAGCAGCAGCAGCAGUAGAGAUGCACAGGCAAUUAUACAGGUAG